AUGAUGGCAGAUGCAGCAACAGCUCAUGUGUUAUUUGAUGAAUUUGGGCAACCGUUUCUACUGCUACGUGAUCAGGAGAAGCAAAAACGUUUAACCGGUACUGAAGCAUUAAAGAGUCAUAUUCUGGCUGCACGUGCGGUAGUAAGCACACUGAAAUCGUCUUUGGGACCUCUUGGUAUGGAUAAGAUGCUUGUUUCUGGCGAUGGUGACGUGACAAUUACGAAUGAUGGUGCUACGAUUAUGGAAAAGAUGGAUGUUGAGCAUCAUGUAGCCCGCCUUAUGGUUGAAUUGUCAAAAAGUCAGGAUGACGAGAUAGGCGAUGGUACGACAGGUGUUGUAGUCUUGGCUGGUGCGCUACUGGAACAAGCGGAAGAUUUACUUGAUAAAGGCAUCCAUCCGAUUAAAAUAGCGGAUGGAUUUGAUCUGGCAUGUAAAAAGGCAUUGGCAACAUUAGAAAAUGUUGCGCAUUCUUUUCCCAUACAUAAUCGUGAACUACUGAUUGAAUCAGCUGUUACUGCUUUGGGUUCAAAAAUCGUCAAUCGUUGCAUGCGUCGACUCGCGGAAAUCGCUGUAGAUGCUGUAUUGUCAGUAGCAGAUUUGGAGACGAAAGAUGUCGAUUUUGAACUGAUCAAAAUUGAAGGGAAAGUGGGAGGCCGAUUAGAAGAUACAUGCCUGGUAAAAGGAGUUGUUAUCGAUAAGACGAUGAGCCAUCCUCAAAUGCCAAAGGAAUUAACUGAUGUGAAAAUUGCAAUACUUACUUGUCCAUUUGAACCACCAAAACCGAAAACAAAACAUAAGCUUGAUAUUACUUCAACUAAAGAUUUUCAAAAUUUGCGAGAAUAUGAACGAGCAACUUUCGAAAAAAUGAUCGAACAGGUCAAAGAUAGUGGCGCUACUUUAGCAAUUUGUCAGUGGGGCUUCGACGAUGAGGCCAAUCAUCUUCUACUUGCUCAUAAUCUUCCAGCAGUUCGUUGGGUUGGUGGACCUGAAAUUGAAUUAAUUGCGAUUGCAACUGAUGGUCGUAUUGUUCCACGUUUUGCUGAACUUAAAUCUGAAAAACUGGGAAAAGCUGGAAGAGUUCGCGAGAUGUCAUUCGGAACUGCCAAGGAUCGUAUGCUUUGUAUCGAAGAAUGCCCGAAUAAUCGUGCUGUAACGGUGUUUAUUCGAGGUGGCAACAAAUUGAUGAUUGAGGAAUCGAAGCGUUGUUUGCAUGAUGCUCUUUGCGUUGUUCGCAAUUUGAUCAAAGAUAACCGAAUUGUUUAUGGUGGUGGCGCAGCAGAAAUCUCCUGUUCACUUGCUGUUGCAGAAGAAGCAGAUAAAAUUGAGGGUAUUGAACAGUAUGCUUUUCGCGCUUUUGCGGAUGCAUUGGAAAGUAUUCCUAUGGCAUUGGCUGAAAAUUCGGGCCUUUCUUCAAUUGGUACAGUAACAGAUUUGAAGGCAAAGCAGAUCCAGCAGUCUAAUCCAAAAUUGGGCGUUGAUUGUCUUGCUGUUGGCACAAACGAUAUGGAAGAACAAAAGGUAAUGGAGACAUUAUUGUCGAAAAAAGCACAAAUAUCUCUUGCAACGCAGGUAGUACGCAUGAUCUUGAAAAUCGAUGAUGUCCGAGUUCCGGAGUCAUAA